AUGGCCGCCGUAAAUUCGAACAUGUUCAACGCCAGCAUCGCCAUUGACCGGCCGCAGGGUGCAUCGAUGCUGGUCCUGCCGCUGAAUCUGAUCGCGCAGAUUGUCGCUUGCCUGGACGAACCCGGUGAUCUCGCCCGCCUCUGCCGAACAUGCCGCGUCCUCAACUACAUGGCCCUCCCCCAACUCUACCGAAACCUCACCCUGACCUCCUACGAUAAAAUCCGGUAUCGCGGCGACCAACCCGAGGGUAUGGGCAGCGCCAGCCCCUUUACAAUGGGGCUAAAUGCCGUCAUCACGCGACCGUACGCCGGGUUAGUCCGGUCGCUGGCUUUGCGGGGUGACUGGCGGGAGCAGGAGCUCGAAGAGCACGCGCGCGUCGGACGGGUCCCCGACUCCUCGAUGAUGCUGAAUAUCACGGUGCGGGCAGCUGUGGAUCGAAUGCAGGACCUUGAGAGCUUCCGGUGGGAGCUGAGCACCAAGAUGCUCGAGACGGUGUACCUAGGCCUCGCGCAGUUGCCCAAACUGACCGCGCUGACGAUCCGGUUCCCAUCGAGUCGCCAUCCGCGUCCGACAACCGUUAUCCCGGCUAUGCCGCAUUUGCGAUACUUGAAGAUUACGGAUAUUGACCCGCUUUGCUAUCCGGAUGAUAUUUCGACGCUGCUCUGGAAGGCGAAGAAGCUGAGGGAGCUGCUGAUGCACUGGUCGCCGCGGAUGAGGAAUAUGCAGGAACCCAGUGUGAUGCUGCACGACUACUUUCGCAAAUGCAUAACGGCAAAGCAGCCCCUGACGAUCAAGAAGUUCGGCAUGGCGAAUAUGUACGCUCGACACAGCGAGGAUUUCAACAUUGCGUUUGACAUCAGCACGGUGGAGGAGAUUACGAUGCUCAAUGAGAACCGGGUGGAUCCUGCCGCCCUCAAUACCUUUGUCGACAGCAGCUGGCCUGUUACGCCUACUCACAUACCGCGGCUCAAGAGUAUGAGAGUGAAUGUGUAUAACCAGCGGCAAAGCGAGUUCUUUUCUAGCUUUACCGGGCUCGAGCGUCUAUAUCUGGUCAGCAGCACAAGCGCCACCGAUUUUAUCAACUCACCCCGAGAACCGCAACCUCCUACAACCCUGACACCACCAGCAUCCGACCAUACAGGGUCAGGCACCUGCCAGGACCUCACAACACCUACUUCCACCGACUCACCAUCCAACGCACCCAGUCUCCAAGCCCGAAUCCGCGAAGCCUCCCUUAACAGCAUCAUCCUUAACCACGCCGCAACCCUCCGCCACCUCCUCCUCCCCGCGCGCUGGCCCCUCUCCUCUACAAUCAUCGCCCGCCUCGUCCAUGCAAGCCCCCAACUCGAACAACUCGCCUUCGCCGCCGAAUUUUCCUCAAUGGAUACCCUCGGCCUUCUUCUCCCUUUCCUCCGCAAUCUUCAAGCACUCCGCCUCCUCAUCCCAACAGGCCCCGCACCGGUAAGCCCCGGCGCCGACGACCCCAGCACAAGACCGAACAAGAAACCAGCCCCGCCCCCUUCAAAGAUCAACGAUCUCGGCGUCCGCUCACUCGCGGAAAUGGUCGAGCUCGAUGACGAAAUCUUGCAGGAGAAACUCGGCGAAUCCCUCGCGGACCAACAGGUCUUCCGCCGCCUCAAGGUCCUCGGCUUCGGCCGCAAGGGCUUCCUCCUGGGCGAAUUUUACACAGUCCCCGUGCAUGCAAACACGACACAAGGCGGCGUGCAGUCCCAAACGCCCGAUGCGUCUCGCGCCGCGAGCCAAGACCAGAGUCCGCAGACCUACCACGACUCCGAACACGAAACUACAAACGGGAUAUCAACCGCGUUCCCGAGUCCCGGCUCCGGUCCUGGACCUUUUAAUUGCAAUCCUCAGGCCAACUCGCCGAACCAACUCCCACCGCACUCUCUACCAAAACGAAGCACAAAUGGCCCCGUGCCGCCUUCGUCACUUGGAAAACGUACGAGAGAGGAGGUCGCUAUUGUGCCCGCGCAGACUUUCGACGAGUGUAUGAUGGGUGGACCGUCGCAGCACUCGUUACGGCGGAAAGUUCAGCGGGCCGGGUGGGAUGUGCUGAAACGGUGGGAGAUUUGGGGGUUGGAUUCGCAGGAGCUGUAA